UCGGAGAAACGAGCCUACAACAUCUGCGUAGCUGACUCAAUCUGAAGCUGCCUCUCUUCGGAAAUUGCCAACUGACCAGAACAGCUGAAUCAAUCGUCAGCAUUUAGCGAUUAGAGGGUCUGCAACGUAAAAGCCUUCAUUUCGAUUUUAUUUUCCCUGGCGAUCGCUCGGCAAUGCUGAACAAACGGAGGCUUUUGCGGGAGUACCAGUCCUACGAUGAUCUCAACGAGCACUUCAGGAUGUUCGGAUCGCAGUCCUUCGAUUCUUUACAAGAUCGCGUGGAUAUGAACCCCAGUACCAGCGAUGGAUUAUCCACAGAUGGUCUCGACUACUAUCAAAACUGCACGCAAUCCCAUGCGGGGCUGCUGAGGGAGCACAAUUUUAAGGUUAAGUCUUAUAACUACAACGUGGGUAAAUGCGUGCAUUGCAUGAAAAAAAUCCGCUUCGCUACGGCCAGCCUGCGGUGUCGGGCGUGUCCGCUACGUUGUCACAUCGACUGCUGCCGCCAGCUGACGGUGAACUGCAUACCCCAGCCCCCAAUGACCACGAUGCGUGGCAAUCUCAGCGAUUAUGCACCUCCGGUGGCACCCAUGGUGCCGGCCUUAAUUGUCCAUUGUGCCACGGAGAUUGAGGCGAGGGGAUUGCAACAGGAGGGUCUCUAUCGAGUGUCCUCGACCCGCAAGAAAUGCCAGCGGUUGCGGCGGAAGCUGCUGCGUGGCAAGUCCACGCCGCAUUUGGGCAACAAGGACACCCACACACUGUGCUGUUGUGUGAAGGACUUCCUUCGCCAGUUAGCUCACCCCCUGAUACCCAUUUACCACCGUAGGAAUUUCCACGAAGCCACGCUGCAGGCUGAUCCCAUGGCCAUCGAAAUGGCUGUCUAUAUGGCGGUUCAGGAGCUGCAGCAGCCUCAUAGGGACACUUUGGCCUUCCUGAUGCUCCACUGGCAAAGGGUGGCCGAGAGUCCUGCCGUCCGCAUGACGGUGAACAAUCUAGCCGUGAUCUUUGCUCCCACUCUCUUUGGAGAUCUGGAUUUGACCCUUGAAAAUGUGAUCAUUUGGCAACAUGUGCUGAAGGUGUUGCUCGAGCUGCCACCAGGAUUCUGGUCUCAGUUCCUAGAGGUGCAUCCGCUUCCCACACCUAUGGGUAGUACUUUUACUUUCGAUGAGCGGUACUCUGAAGAUAGGCACUGGGAUCACUCAUCUAAUCUGGGCUGGACUUCGUUUAAGACCUACUUUAGAUCUAUGGUCAACCUCAGCAAUACUAAUCUGUAGUGUAAAUUGGAUAUAUAUAAUGGUCCCAUGAAGUGCAUUCGUUUGGCUUGAUAGGAGCAAAG